UUUCCCCAAUUUAUUUAUAAUGUACAAUACCUUAAAAGUUUAAACCAAACACACCUUAACAAACCCAUCUAUUAAACUACACAAUUCUCUCCUUAAAACAUGCUAACUAUGUUUCCUAUAGAAAAAAUACUUGAAACCAUAACUAAGAAACCUAAAUCUCCACCAAAAAAGCUACAAAGAAGCCCUAAAAUUGUAGGGUAUGCCCGUAGUGAGUACCCUGAGAAUGAUGAGUCCUUAAACUUAAGGGAACCUCUAUUAUCUUCUCUAGAUGAAGAAAAAAUUGAAGGGUAUGAUCAAGGGAAGAUGAUAAUUAAGGAGGUUAAUAACAAGAUUAAUAAUAGUGUUAGAGUUAAAGUAUUGUUAACUAAAGAAGAAGCAACAAAAUUGUUAGCUAAGUGUAAAGAAGAAGGUGCUUUGGAUUUUAAAGAAGUUGUUAAUCAACUUGUUAAUCUUCCUGCCCAAAGGAUUAAUGUUGUUUCUUCUAUAAUUAAGUCUCCCUCUAUUGAAAAAGAGCUUUCUACCAUUAUUGAAGAGGAGGAAGAAUAUGAUGAAUAUUAUCAUAAGAACAAAUAAGUUUAUUUAUUUUUUAUUUUUUUCUUGUCCCUACUUUUUUUUCUUCCUUAUCUUGUACAUAAAAUCAUAAAAAGAAAAUAUAUGGUGUUUCAAUAUCAGUUUAAAUUUUUAGUUGAAUUGAUUCAUUUGACAUGUAAAAAUCAGAUCAACUAAAAAGUUCAAACUGAUAAUAGAAACAUCAUAGUAUAUUAUAUACUCUAUCAGACUUAAGUUGGUAUUUGGCUAAGAUCGACUA